ACGUGAAACAUAAUUAUACUUUAAAGCCUAUCUGUAGCCAAUCUGUCAUGAUACCAUCCUACGUAGUUAGUUAUUAAGCCAUCAAUACAACCUUCAUGUUUGAAUUUAAUCUUGCUUUUUGGAAGCCUUGGGUUCUAAAUAAACAUGGAGUCACUGAGGAGCAAGAUAUAUAGGCUAGUUUGCUUUAUUUUCAUUUUAUUGGGAAACAAAGCAGAUGCUUCUGUCAGAAUUACAGCCCUUCCAAGUGAGAUGAUGGUUGGCUUCACCGACACUCUUUCUAUCUCAUGUAAUGUUUCUGACGAUGAGACUCUUAUUUCCAUUACACUGUCCAAGUCCGAUAACUCAGAAAGAAAUUUCAUCAGCGUGGCUAGAGUCGUUAUAAACGCUGAUGCUCAAAUCAUUCAACCCAUGCAUGAAAACUUGAAGCUGGAGGGUAAGAUCAACCCGGUCGGUUCGUCUUAUCUUUCCCUUGUGAUAACUUCCCCGACGUCAGAAGCCUCGGGGUUUUACAACUGCAUAUCUGUGAGAUUGAACAAAGCUGGCAAUGUUGUCAGGCAGAACAAUCUUACAGAAGUUAAAGAAAUCGUUGCAAGUAUUUCGGAUGUACACCGCAAACAGAAGAACAUGUUCGAUAACUUGCAAACACAGAUACGGCAUUUGGAAGACAAAUUAAACAAUUUUAAUGAAACAUGCAGCAAGAAAAUAGAUGACAUUGUAACUAGAAAUUUACUUAACAAACAAAUUCUGCAAAACAAUUUUAAUCAAGUCGAUCAGAAGAUAAUGAACAUAUCUGAAGACGUCAAGUUUUUAAGAGAUUCAAAUAAUGCGUUCACGCAUUUCAUGAACUUAUCACUUGACGCCAUGUUCAUGAACAAAUUCACCCAUGGAAAAAGUACGUAUCUACUGUCCAGGUCCGGCGUUUAUGGAUUUGUUUCGGCGGAGAUUGCAUGCGCCAUUUACGGUGGAUAUGUUGUAGAAAUCGAUACCCGCGAGGAAUACGAUGCCAUAGUAUCUUCUUUUAGAUCGGGUAUUAAAUUCGAUUCUGUAUUUCUAGGGCUGACAGACGAAGGCACGGAAGGCCAUUGGUUCUUUUCUUUUAGCAGACGACCGGUAACUUUUACUUUAUGGAAUACCGGGGAAUUGCAAGGAACUGGUGAAAAUUGCGCGAUACUGUUCAGGCCUUUUGGUUUUAAAAUGGCAGACUUAAUGUGUAAUGAUCAAAAUCGGUUAAUACACUUCCUGUGUGAAUUAUCUCCAUAAAAAGCAAAGUUCAGAAUGUUGAAAAUCUUUUUUUUUUUUCAUAACAUGCUCUUCGGUUUUUGUUCAAAAUCUUUAAUUUAUGAAUACAUUGAAAAUAUUUAAACUACCUAAUUCUUUCGAUAGCUAUACACUUAAAAAGAUAUUUAUUUCCACUGCUUUAUGUAAUAAAUUUGAAAUUUCUUUAAAAUGAAGUUUAAUAUAGUAAUAUUUAGAAAAAAAAUAUAUUUCGGAUUAAAUGUAUCUUGCUUCA